AUUGAUUCCUAAAAAGAAUAUCACCGAAAAAGAUAAAGAAGGCAAACUGAUAGACAAACCUGAAAUUGAAAUAUUGGGGGAAAAGAAAAUAAAAUUAGAUAAUCAAAUCCAAACUCUAGACCAAGAAAUUAGAACGGGCAAAAGUAGAACUGAAAAAGCCCAAAGUAUUUAUAAAAGUUAUAAAUAUCUAAAAAGAAAAAGAAAUGGUUGGCAAACUCAUUUAACAACCAAUAUCUCCACUAAGACUUAUAAUUAUCAAAAUCUAUCAGACAAUUUUAGAAAUGAUGGUGCUUAUG